AUGCAGCGCUCAGUGACAUCAGCCAUCUGCAAUGGUGGCACGGUCGCUCUCACGGAGCUCCAAGAUUCCUCUCCAGACACCGGCAGAGACUCUCAGAAGAAAUCCAAGAGAAAGGGUCGGAACAAAGAGGUGCUUCCUGUGAGCCAAGUGGAGCCCGAGCCCGAAGCUGUCAAAACUCCCAUGGACCACGCCCGAAGCCAGGACCCGGGCAGCUCGUCGUCUUCCAAAAAGAAGAACAAGUUUGUGAACCUAUACGCUAAAGAGGGCCAGGACAAGCUGACGGUGCAGUUGCCGGGGCGACACGCAUGCGAGUGCCUUGCUCAGAGGCACAAGCUCAUCAACAACUGCAUCAGCUGCGGACGCAUCGUGUGCGAGCAGGAGGGCUCCGGACCCUGCCUGUUCUGCGGCCGCCUGGUUUGCACCAAAGAGGAACAAGAGAUUCUGCAGAGAGACUCCAACAAAAGCCAGAAACUUCGAAAGAAACUCAUGGGAGAGGCUGGAGAGAGAGAGAUGCUCCCACACCAGGAGGCCAUGAUGAGCGUUGGGCUGGAGAAGGCCCUGCAGCACAAGGACAAGCUGCUGGAGUACGACAGGAACAGCGUGAGGAGGACCCAGGUUCUGGACGAUGAGUCGGAUUACUUUGCGGCCGACUCCAACCAGUGGCUUUCCCCCGGAGAGAGAGAGAAGCUGCGGGCGAGGGAGGAGGAGCUGAGGCAGAUCCGACACGCCUCCAGGAAAGACCGCAAGAUCACCCUGGACUUCACCGGCAGACGGGUCGUCCAGGAGGGGGACGGCAUGGACCACUACUACAGCAAGCUGGACGAGACCCUGAGGGCCAUGCACGGUGAUGCCUCCUCGCCCCUGUCCAGCAGCGGGCUGCAGGGAGACAGAGCUCCUCUCAGAGACCUGGUCAAUCCCAACAUCACCCAGAGAGCACCACAGUGGGUGGACGUGGGGGUCUCGGAGGGCCACAAGCGCAGCCUGGACUCGACGGACUGCAGGAGUGAGGAGCGCUCCAGGCUCCGGCUCCAGGACAAAGAGCUGCAGGAGAUGUCUGACGGAGGCUGGUGUCUGAGCAUGCACCAGCCCUGGGCCUCUCUGCUGGUCCGGGGCAUCAAGAGGGUGGAGGGGAGGACAUGGUACACAAGUCACCGCGGCCGUCUGUGGAUCGCAGCUGCAGCCAAGAAGCCCACGCCCCAGGAGGUCAGCGAGGUGGAGAACAUGUACCGGCAGAUCUACAACAAGAGAGAGCCGGCCUUUCCCCAGGACUACCCCACAGGCUGCCUGCUGGGCUGUGUGAACGUCAGCGACUGCCUUUCCCAGGAGCAGUUCAGAGACCAGUGUCCGGAGGUGUGCGAGGAGUCGGCCUCUCCCUUCGUCUUCAUCUGCGACAGGCCCCAGGAGCUGAUCGUCAAGUUCCCCAUGAAAGGAAAGCACAAGAUCUGUAAGUCCUGA